UUUUCUCACGUGCCAGGCAGUAAUGCGAGUGCGCAACGAGCCGCCGCUUCCGACCACACUCAAAACUCUGAAGUAAGAAAAUCUCUGAACCAGACAUUGACGUCUCUCUCGCUUUAACCUAAGCAGAGAAACGGCGUCGGUUCGUCUCUUGACAUUUAUUAAUUGUGGCAUUUUCCGGAAAAGAAUACCUGUGGAAUCCAGAGCUAGUCCAAGAUUCUCCAAGGCAUAUAUAUGCUGUCAAGAUUGUAAUUUUGUGCCUUUUGCUGGGGUUCUAUUGCAUUUAUCAGUCGACUUUACACAGCAUCGUUAAGUCAGGUUUUUUCACCAAAAUGGCGGGUUGUUCUUUAAGUAUUAGAUUGACAUAUUUCAAGAAUUUGAAAAAAGAGAUCCUCUUCUCGAGGGAUAUAAGCAUUUGGAACCCAAAUUUGACUUUGCUUAAAUUUCAAGAUUCUAGUAAGGUAAUAAAAACGAAAGGGCAGUUGUUGUGUAAAAGGAAUAGGCAGGGGCUUGUAAUUGUGAAUGCAUUGAAUCCGGAGACUGAUCCAGCAUCUGAUGUGGCUGUGACCACAGUAACUAAAGGAAGUGAUGGAAGUCAUGUAGAAAAAGAUGGCAGCGUUUUGGGAAGUGAUUUUGUAUUCAAGGGUGAUAAAGAAAAUGGAGAUGGUGGUGGGAAUUUGAUUGAUGGAAGUGGUGGAAAUGGGAAGUUUUCUGGUGGGGGUGGUGGAGGUGGAGGUGGAAAUGGAGGUGGAGAUGAUAAGGAGGAAGAGUUAGGACCCAUACUCAAAUUUGAGGAAGUGAUUAGGGAGACUGAGGCUCGUGGUACUACUCUUCCAAUUGAUAUGCUGGAGGCUGCGAAGAGCGUGGGUAUUCGGAAGGUCCUUUUGCUUAGAUAUGUGGACCUGCAGGGGUCUGUUUGGCCACUGGGAUUUCUGAUGAGGUCAUGUGCUAUGCUACGGAAUAGGAUGUUGGCUGAUCCAUCCUUUCUUUUCAAAAUUGGAACAGAGAUAGUGAUUGAUUCUUGCUGUGCAACUUUUGCGGAAGUCAAAAAGAGGGGCAAAGACUUCUGGGCGGAAUUUGAAUUGUAUACUGCAGACCUUUUAGUUGGAGUGGUCGUCAAUGUUGCUUUAGUUGGUAUGUUAGCUCCAUAUGCUCGAUUUGGACAGCCACGUGCAUCUCAAGGAUUUAUUGGUCAAAUGUUGAGUGCUUAUGCAGCUCUUCCUAGCAGUGUUUUUGAGGCUGAACGUCCUGGAUGUACAUAUACAAUAAAUCAGAGAAUUGCCACCUAUUUUUAUAAGGGUAUUCUCUAUGGAUUGGUUGGGUUUGGGUGUGGUAUUAUCGGCCAAGGAAUUGCAAAUUUAAUAAUGACUGCCAAACGGAGCAUAAAAAAGUCAGAGGACGACAUACCAGUUCCACCCCUAGUGAAGAGUGCAACUCUCUGGGGUGUUUUUCUGGCAGUCUCGUCCAACACCCGAUACCAGAUUAUAAAUGGGCUAGAACGUGUGGUGGAGGCAUCACCAUUGGCAAAGCAGGUCCCACUCGUAGCCAUGGCUUUUACCGUUGGUGUGCGAUUCUCGAACAAUGUCUAUGGAGGGAUGCAAUUUGUGGAUUGGGCCAAGUGGAGUGGUGUGCAAUGACCGUUUUAACCAAUAUAUUGCUUGUUAGCUCCAAACAAACAGAAAAUAUGUUGGCGGUGAGUUCUGUAUCGGUAAUCAGCAGUUAUCUUCAUCCCAGCAAUGUUUUCCUUCUUAUUAGAACUUAAUAUGACAUUUUAUGCUACUGUAAUGAUACUAUGAGAUUCAAUGCUUGUAUUUGAACAGAGGAAAAUGGCUACUCUACAAGUUGUGUUGUUAUCCUGGCACUGAAGUUGUUCAAUGAAUUAAAAUGCACUUCGAAUU